AUGGGCGUAAAAAUAGAGAUGUUCAGAAUGGUGUUGUAUUUGUCCUUUCCUGUUACCAUGUUCUGGCUCUCGAAUCAAGCAGAAUAUUUUGAAGAAUACGUCAUCAAGAGGAAGAGGGAGAUAUUCCCCGCUAACGGAGAAUUGCAAAGGAAAGAACUGGAGGACUUCAAGGAGCGAAUGCGAGCACGGAGGGAGCAGCAACGACUGAAAAAAAUAUCCAUGGAGUCCGAAAAUUAA